CGGCGCUGCAGGCUCGGGUCCCGGCUGCGUGCGCCAGUACCUCCCCCAGCGCCGCCGCCGCUCCCCGCUUCGCCGCCGGCGCCGGGGCAGAGGCAGCGGCAUGCCCAGGCGCAUCAUCGCGGAGGUGAAGGUGCUGGACGUGCAGAAGCGGCGCAUCCCCAACAAGCACUAUGUGUACAUUAUCAAGGUCACCUGGUCCAAUGGAUCCACGGAAGUCAUAUACCGACGGUACAGCAAGUUCUUCGACCUGCAGAUGCAAAUGCUGGACAAGUUUCCGAUGGAAGGAGGGCAGAAGGACCCCAAGCAAAGGAUCAUCCCCUUUCUGCCAGGGAAGAUCCUCUUCCGCCGGAGUCACAUCCGCGACGUCGCAGUCAAGCGCCUGAUACCUAUCGACGAAUACUGCAAGGCCCUGAUCCAACUGCCUCCCUACAUCUCCCAGUGCGAGGAGGUUCUCCAGUUCUUUGAGACACGACCUGAUGACUUGAUGCCCCCCAAAGAGGAACCUAUUGGAAAGAAGAGAUCUGGGUUUAUCCAGAGAACGGCCUCUUUCCUGCAGCGAGGAGCUGACUCUGCAUCGGUCGACCCCUUGGUGCUGGAGCAGUAUGUCGUGGUGGCAAACUACCAGAAGCAGGAGAGCUCCGAGAUCAGCUUGUGCGUGGGCCAGUUGGUGGAUAUCAUUGAGAAGAAUGAAUCAGGCUGGUGGUUUGUUAGCACAUCAGAGGAGCAAGGUUGGGUACCAGCGACCUGCCUGGAGGCCCAGGAUGGUGUCCAGGAUGAGUUCUCAAUGCAGCCUGAUGAAGAGGAGAAGUACACCGUUAUUUACCCAUAUACCGCAAGAGACCAGGAUGAAAUGAACCUGGACAAAGGGGCUGUGGUGGUGGUGAUCCAGAAGAACCUGGAGGGCUGGUGGAAAAUCAGGUACCAGGGUCAAGAAGGCUGGGCCCCUGCCUCCUACCUCAAAAAGGGGAAUGGAGAGAUGUUCUCACAGAAGCUGGGUUUGGGCCCGUCCACUCAUUCCUGUGCCUUGGACCUGGACGGCAUCUCCCGGCAGCAGGGUGUGGGGAGCCGGGAGAAGGAGGCCCUUGCUGGCCCGAGGGACGGGAGGCUGGACGGCCGGCCCCUGCCCGGCGCCGACAGCCGACGCAAGUCACCAAAGAUGAGGCAGAGGCCCCCUCCUCGCCGAGAUCUCACCAUACCACGUGGCUUGAACUUGCCCAAGCCCCCUGUCCCUCCUCAAGUGGAAGAGGAAUAUUACACCAUUGCUGACUUCCAGACCACCAUCCCUGAUGGCAUCAGCUUCCAGGCAGGAAUGAAAGUAGAGGUCAUUGAGAAGAACCUGAGUGGCUGGUGGUACAUUCAGAUCGAGGAGAAGGAAGGUUGGGCCCCUGCCACAUUCAUUGAUAAGUACAAGAAAACCAGCAAUGCAUCCAGGCCAAAUUUCCUGGCUCCACUACCCAAUGAGAUGGCUCAGCUCCGGCUUGGUGAUCCUGUGCCUGACAGCAGCAGUGGUGAGGAAGUGACAGGACCGUGUCGUCCUCUGCCAGAGGCUCCUCCUAAUGGUAUGGACUGUGGUGGAAAGUGGGCCAAAGACUGGAAGGGGAAGGAGGCUCCUGAGAGUGGGGACCUAGCCUUUGCCAGUGGGUACGAGGAGAUCUCAGACCAUGACACAGAGGAGAAGCCCAGCCUGCCACCCAGGAAGGAGUCCAUCAUUAAAUCGGAAGGUGAGUUGCUGGAGAGGCAGAGGCCUCCUCCCAAGCCCCCAGGCGUGAUUCUGCCCAUGAUCCCACCCAAGCAGUUUGCAGCCCCAAAGGACAGCAAGAAGCCUGAGCUGAAACCGGAGAAGGGCAAACUCUUCCAGCUGAAAAAUGAAAUGGGACUGGAAUGUGGACACAAGGUGUCAGCCAAGGAAGUGAAGAAGCCAAACCUCCGGCCCAUCGUCAAGCCAACCAAGCCAAAAGCUGAGCCCGUGGAGGAGAAGCCUGAGCCCAUCACCCAGAAUCCAUUCUUGAAGUCAAGACCUCAGAUCAGGCCAAAACCUGCUGCAGCCGUCCGGACUGACCCUCCUCCAGCUAAUGACAAACUGGACAUUUGCAACCUGCGCAGCAAGCUUAGGCCUGCAAAGUGCCCAGAGAGACCCUCCGAGCAGGACACCGCUGCCAGCGACAGCUCCUUCGCUAACACCGUGGUCUCUUCAGAGGCUUCUGGAAGGUAUCAGGAGCGACCCAGCAUGGAGAGCAAACCCCUGCCCAAGCUGGACAGCCAUGCUGCGAAAGAAGCAAUGCCCAAACCUCCCCUGGGCCCAGCAAACACCCCAGGGGCCAGGGAACCCCCAGCGCAGCGCCCUGUUGUGCCACCCCGCAGGCCACCCCCUCCCAAGAAAACAGGGGGUCCUGCCUGCAGCCCUGCAGUAGAGCUCAGGACCCCAGCACAGGAAGCACCUGAGAUCAGGCCAUCUCCAGUGCCAGGGAGGCCCAUGCUGGUUCCUCCGAAAGCCAAACCAUUCCUCGCUGCAUCUGUCCAGGAUGAAGCCAAAGCGAAAAGCAGUGUAAGCCAAAAGGUUAUAUCCAAGCCAGUAGAAAGAGGAGAAGCCAGAGAGAGGACCUCAGCCCUUUUCUCCAGUCCAGACAUCUCCAAGGAAGCUCUGUAUGUGGCAGUGGCAGAUUUUGAAGGUGAUGAGGAGACCAACAGCUUUAAAGAAGGGACUUUGUUUGAAGUUCGCGAGAAGAACAGCAGCGGCUGGUGGUUUUGCAAGGUCCUAACUGGGGGCCCGUGCUGGGAGGGCUGGAUCCCUUCCAAUUACCUACGGAAGAAGCCAUAGCUGCUCCUCUGCUUGCACAGCUGCAGGCUCUCCGGUGUCUCACCUGAGUAUUUAAUUAGCAGAUUAAUUUAUAGUUUCUGUGAGGCUGGCUUUAAAACAAAAGAUAACAACUGAGAUCCCACGCUUCCCAGCUGGUGCCCGUUGGUGGCAGCAUGGGAGAAGCAACUUGGCCUUCCCUCCCUACCCAUGUGCCCCCACCUGCCCUCUUCCCCUUGUCUUCCCUGAGCACUGUGCUCAAGGGCCUCGAUGGUAGCCCAGUCGUGCAGCCAGGGCUGCUCUGGCCAAGCUUUGUGGCAUAUGAUGGCUACCAUGGUUCUCCAUACUGGGGAGGUGGACCUUGAUAGACAUUUUUGCCAGUUGUUUGGGGAAUUAGAAGUAUAGCAGUAGCCAGGGAGAGAAGUGAAACGUAGCAGAGUAGCAGCAAAGGAAAUCUGGACACACAAAAGGAUUUACCUUUUCCUGAGGCUCAGAGUCACAGCCAAAUGUUGUAGGUCACAUUGCUUACUCCAGGUGUGCAGCAGCACGCCAGGGAACAUGGUAAAAAGGAGGAAUGGUUGCUGAGAACGAGGUCCCUGUAGCUCUGUGACCAUGUGCAGGUACAGGCAUUGUCCUCUGAUUAAAGGCUAGGCCUUGCUCCCUGCCCCACCUGUGCCACAGGACCAUCCCUUCAUCCUUCUGUGCUCUACAAUGACAAGCAUUAGCUUCAGCAUCCUUCUGGUAGGAAAAACAAUGCAGAGGCAUACACACAGGCACACUCAGGUGGAACAGCUCCUCUCUGUGCUGGCCCUGGAUGCUACAAAGGCUUCUCCCCUGCAGUACUGCAGCCAAACAACAAGAGGUGCUUUGCUUUGGUAGCUGAAGAAUACUAUGCAAGGCACAGAGGACUGAAAGAACCCCAAAAGCCAUGGAAAUGGAUGCUUUGCUUUCCUUCCCAUGCAGACUGCCCUGCCUCUUGGACUAUUAGGGGACCACCCCUUCCCGUGACCCACAGAGCUUCCCCGGGCUGGCGGGCAGCAGCCAGGAAGUGGGUCCUUCAGUAGGUGCUGAUAUUAUCAAGUGCAAUCCAGAAUGUGGGAGUUGAGCUCCUCAUCAUAACCAGUUGCAAGGCAUGUCUGGUGCUCAGGGGCUUCCUGCCUUUUUUUGUCACCCCAUCGGCCUGUCUUCCGGGUACUUCCAUUUCAUCCUGCAUGGCAGGCUGUUUGGGGGCCUUCAGAUCAAGUUCUUCCACACUGACAUUCCUGCCUGCCAAACCUAAUCUUGCCCUCAGUGUUGCUUAUCCCAGCAGGAGGAUGAGCAUGGAAGAGCUGUCAUUCCCCAGUGCUGCUUUCUUCUGUUCUGUACUUGGCUACUUACAGAUUCAGGACCACAUCUCGCUCCAUAGGAGCUUUAAACCUGAUGCUUCUGUGGGUUUCUUGUUGACCAAAUCCUGU